CUUGCGCGAUCGCGAACGCAAACCGCGAACGCGAACUGCGAACGCGAACUACGAAAUAAGAUCGCGUUCGCGUCAUGUUGGUUUGCUCUAGACGAUUCUACGUUGCGACCCAAAGAUUUAUAAUUUAUAUUUUAACAGUCGUCCGUCAGUCGAACUCGAUAUUUUGAAGUGCUAAGUUCACGGUGCACGAGUACUGUUCGUUUUUAAAAAUUAUUUUAAUGGAUACAGUCGAUAAAGAAAUCUUAAAAAUUCUUUUGCUAGAAGAAGAAGAAGAUGAUGAGAUCUUACGGUAUUUGUCGGAAGAAAAAAGAAAGCCGCAUGAUCCAUUAUUUACAAAGAGGAGUACCGAAGGUUAUCAUGAAAUACUUAUCAACGGCCAUCUGAAAAAUAAUGAAAUUAAGUUUAGAGAAUUUUUUAGAUUAAACCGUAAUCAGUUCGAUUUUAUUUUGAAUCUAAUAAGAGAUGAUUUAACAUUAAAUCCAACAUUUUUUAUAAGGAAACCCAUAUCACCAGAAGAAAAAUUGGCGGUUACAUUGAGAUUUUUAGCUUCUGGAGAAACGUACCGUUCUUUAUCUUUUGCUUUCCGGAUAUCACACAGCUAUAUUAGUAUUAUAAUACAAAAUACCUUAAAAUCUAUGAAAAAGCAUCUGUUGACACAUUUUAUACCUAAUCCGAGUAAAUUAAAUAUGAAAGAAAAAGCUCGAGAGUUUUGGACAAGAUGGAAUUUUCCAAAUUGUAUUGGCGCAAUCGAUGGUAAACAUAUUCGAAUGAAGUGCCCAAAAAAUACCGGUUCUUUAUAUUUUAACUAUAAAGAACAUUUUUCACUCGUCUUAUUAGCAUUGGUAGAUGCGAAUUGUAAAUUUUUAGUCAUUGAUGUUGGAUCCUAUGGUAAAGAAGGAGACAGUGGCAUAUUUGGAAAAUCAAAAAUGGGCCAACAAAUUUAUUCUGGCAAUUUUAAUUUCCCAAGUGACGAAAAACUACCAGGCUUUGAUAAUUCUACACCGUUUGUUAUUGUUGGCGAUGAAGCAUUCAGACUUCACAGACAUAUAAUGAAACCGUACUCUAGAUCUACGGCUAAACAAGAUAGAGCAAAAACUAUUUUUAAUUACAGGUUGAGUCGUUGUCGUAGGGUGACGGAAAAUGCAUUUGGCUUAUUAGCACAAGUUUUCAGAGUAUUUCAUACUGCAAUAGCAAUUGAUGUAGAAGUAUGCGACGAUUUAGUUAUUGUCGCAUGUUGUUUGCACAAUAUGCUGAGAGAUGCGUUUUUAGAAAAAGGUAAUAAAAUUUACUAUGAAUAUGACGAAGGACAAAGUAUUGAGAUGGGCACUUUAUGUAGUAGAGGUGGCUUUGCGAGUGCAGAUGGUUUUGAUGUUAGAGAAAAAUUUAAACAAUUUUUUAUUCAAGAAGGUGCAGUCUCGUGGCAAAAUCACCAAAUUUCAAGAAUAUCAUCUACCAAUACUUCGACCAAUACUUAGUGUGUGUUUUUUUUUAAAUAAAUAAAUAAUUAGUUUUAACAAUGUUUAAUAUAAGUAACCGUCUCACACAAAAAUGCUUACAUUUUUAAAAUUAUUUUACUAUUUUAAUAUUUUAAAAAUAAUUCAUAAUUCAUUAUAAUGUAUAUCACGGAGAUUAAAAUUAGUUUUGAUAUUAUAAUAUACACGAUAAAAAUAAAUGUCCAGAAAUUAUAAUUUAUUUUUAGCUUGUUGCUUGUUGUAUAGAUGUACCUACACGUGCUUUCAUCACUUCUAAAAUACUCAAUCAUAAAUAGACAGUGUCAUGGUCUUAUCUUGAAAAUAAUCAUUUAUUUUAAACUUAAAUAGUUAAAUUAUCUGUUGUACACUUGUUAUAAUCGUAAUAUUAUAAUAAUAUAUUAUAAUUUCAAUGUAAAAACAAAGUUAUUUAUAUUCCUACAAAUUUAAUACUUUUUACAAACAAUAUUUAUAAUAAUA